GCAAAUGUCAAACGCUGUCUAAAUAUGCACUUGAAAAAAUAUUAGUCCAAUUAUUUAAUUUUAAAAAUGUCUUGUGAAAUCACGAACGGGUUUAUAGAAUAUUUUAGUUGUCAAAUAGGCACAACAGUGCCUGCUUUAAAGCUAUUGUUAACUAUAUUUGCAGGGUACCCCUUGGCUUUGAUCCAUCGAAAGUAUGUUUACGGAAAGGAAGCGAAUCUACAACACCUUUAUUUUAUAUUCACUGGGUUUGCCCUGGGAUACUGGAACUAUGGAAACGAAAUGUUCCACAAUGUUUUAGCUACAUUUUUUACUUUUUGCGUUUUAAGCGUUUUACAGGGGACUGCUACAAGUGUGGCUAUAACGUUUGUGUUCAAUUUAACGUACUUACUAAUAGGUUACAUUUAUUCCAGCACAGAUGGCUAUGACAUUAACUGGACACUGCCACAGUGUAUUUUGGUUCUGAGGCUAAUAGCUAUCUCCUUCGAUCUGUACGAUGGAAAGCAGCCGGAAGAAACGCUUUCGGCAGAAAACAAAAAGGUGGCGCUGAAAGAAUUGCCCUCCAUCUUGGAACUGUACGGUCACAGUUUGUUCCCCACUUCUUUCCUGGUGGGUCCGCAAUUUUCCAUGCGCAGAUAUCUUGAUUUUGUCGAGGGAAAAUUCAGCAAAGAUGGUGCCGCACCUGAUAGCACAAACGCGGCAGUCAAACGAUUCUGCAUCGGCGCCUUCUACCUCUCCAUCUUUCACGUUCUCGGCUACUUCGUCUCCGACGAGUACCUGCUGUCGGAGGAGUUCGCCUCGCUCGGCUUUUUCCGUCGCAUGCUGGUCAUGGGCGUGUGGGGACGCUUCACCCUGUACAAAUACAUCUCGUGCUGGCUGUUGACCGAGGGGGCUUGCAUGCUGUUCGGCAUGUCCCACAAUGGAACGGACGAGACCACCGGCGAGAUAAAAUGGAACGGCGUCGAGAACAUCAAGUUGGCUGUAUUCGAGAACACGACCGAAUUUAACCAUUACAUACAAUCGUUUAACGUGAACACCAACCACUGGGUGGCGCAGUACAUCUACAAAAGACUGAAGUUCCUCAAUAACAGGCACGUCAGCCAGCUGGCAGCCCUGCUUUUCUUGGCUGUUUGGCAUGGGUUCCAUAGUGGGUACUACGUGUGCUUCUUCUUCGAGUUUAUCGUCAUCUACAUGGAAAGAGACAUAAAAUCCAUCGUGGGCAAAAACGAGACCCUCUCCUCGAUAUUCUACUCGGAGCAGGCGAAAAUCCCGCUGCAAAUCGCCCUUCGGCUCUACACGUUCGUCUUCAUGGGCUGGUGCCUCAUACCGUUCGGUCUGCUCCAGUUCGGACGCUACUGGCGCGGGUUCUCGAACUGCAGCUGGGUCGGCGCCAUCUUGUUCUGCUUGUGGCCGGUCGCGUGGUCGCCGCUGCUGCGCAUGGCGCUGAAAAAGUUGAACGGCGCCGGCAGGCGGAGCGACAGCAAGACGGAGGCGCAGACGCAGUAGGAGCAGCUGGCUAAGAUCUAUAUAUCGUUAUAACACCGUUCACUAAAGCUUUAAGCCUUUCCACCAAAAAAAUUGUUACAAAAAGAGAGAUGGAGACAAAUAAAAAUUAAACGCAUAAUAUAAAGUGAUUCUAAAUAAAUUGUAAGUGUUAAUUUUUGUAUAGAACCAUAGUGUAAGAAUUACUAGGCAUUGCAAAUCUAUAUCUGUCCUUCCCAAAUUUUAAUGUUAAAUGUGUUAAAAUGUUUCUUCAUUUUGAUGUUAUAAAUUUAAAUUUGCCGUACAAAAAAAUCAUUUUGUCUUUCCUUUAGAAAAGUAUAAAAUUUUGCUGACGUUGAUAAAGUGUGUACUUAAUUA